AUGGCCGGCAUCAGUAUCAAAAUUAGCGACGGCCUCGAUCUUUCAUCACUAGGCCAGCUGAAGGAGACAUUCAACGGCUGCAAUCCAAGACAGCUCGCAGACCUCGGACUACACAUCCGCACCAUCCAGAAGCAUCACUCCUUCCUGUUGCAGCUCCCGGCAGAGGUACGUGUUGCGAUCUGCACUCUCUUUCUUCAGGAUGCCCUCUUGUGCUGGACCGAGGACGCAACUCAACCAUGGCGGAUCAGAACUCUGGUGCACAAGCAAAUGCCUGUACACCACGUACUUUCGCAGAUCUGCCUGAUGCGCUACAAGUGCGCGCCACUAUAUGCCAAGUGGACGAAGGUCGAAAAGUAUAAUGCUGUCAGGUAA